ACCUCGAGCCCCCGUCGAACUGACACCACUAUGAUGCACUACCACUAUGCUACAAGCAUCUCCGCCCUUCCACGCUUCUACUCGUCUUCUUCCACGGCUUCCACUGUCUGCUGACAUUCCAUUUCCUCCCCCAGUACCAGCCUAACCCAGCACGCACCAAGCCCAGGUAACCAACACACGCAAAGCCGCAUGAACACCACUCCUCUCUCUCCUCUUCUCCGUCGCGUCAGAGAUCAGGAGAGACAAGAGGAAAGAACCCCUUGUUUGAUCAAGAACCGUCGAGGUGAACAGAAAGGUGCAACUUUUCAGUUUGCUUCGAUUCGAUCAGCUGCAAGAACCAGUUGAAGCAAGCAGCGGAGGGAGGAAGGGAGCGGAAAGAGAGGAAGAGCAACUCGGCGGUGGUUGCCUUCGGGGAGCAAACCACGGCGACGCCGACGCCGAGAGGUCACCCCUCCCCCGACGCCCCGACGGCACGGCCACCGAGGCGGCAUCAUCGCGAUGGGUUCUCUAGCGCUGAGGCGUAACCCACCGCCGCCCCUCUCCAAGUCACCAGGGUCUCUGCUGCUGCUCUCCAAGUCGCUCACCCUCUACUGUUGAGCCCCAUUUCUUGGCCCAUGGGCGCCGUGGCCUCGUCGACGGGAGGGGGACGGGGAGGUGAGGGGACGGUGCUGGGGGAUUUGCCGGAGAGCUGCGUCGCGGAGGUGCUGCUCAGGCUGGACCCGCCGGAGAUCUGCCGGAUGGCGCGGCUCAGCCGCACGUUCCGUGGCGCCGCGUCCGGAGACGGCGUCUGGGAAUCCAAGCUGCCGAGGAACUACGCGCGCCUCCUAGCCGUCGCCGCGGCCGGCGACGGGGAAGAGCGGCAGGCCGCCGUGGCGCGGGAGGCGGAGGCGCUGCCCAAGAAGGAGGUGUACGCGCGGCUCUGCCGCCGGAACCGCUUCGAUGGCGGCAAAAAGGAGUUCUGGCUGGACAAGGGCGGUGGAGGUGUCUGCAUGUCAAUCUCUUCAAGGGUACUUUCAAUAACGGGCAUUGAUGACAGAAGAUAUUGGAACUUCAUUCCAAAUGAUGAAUCGAGGUUUCAUGCAGUUGCUUAUCUGUCACAAAUUUGGUGGUUUGAAGUCACAGGGGAGGCUGAAUUCUUUUUCCCAGAAGGUACAUACAGCCUAUUUUUCCGGGUCCAUCUAGGCAGACCAAUCAAGCGGCUCGGACGAUGGGUUUAUAGCUCAGAGCACAUCCACGGCUGGGAUAUAAAGCCAGUGCGCUUCCAAAUGUCAACUUCUGACGGGCAGCAUGCUCAGUCGAAGUGUUAUUUAGCCAAUUCUGGUGUCUGGAUCAAUCACCAUGUUGGUGAUUUCGUCGUGAAGGAUUCAAAUGAACCGAUAAACAUCCGGUUUGCUAUGGUUCAGAUAGAUUGCACACACACAAAAGGAGGUGUCUGCGUUGAUUCAGUGGUAGUGAAACCGCAAUACCUCACGCAGAUAAAAGCACCUCGGAAUUAUGUCUAGAUUCGUCGAACAAGUGUUGUUGAUAUCUUAAAGAGAUUUGCUCCAUAGUUUUUUCUUUCUACAGAAGUGAAGUGUGGUUCCAUUUACAAAGUAUUUUCCAGUCCUGUAAUGUAACUGAAGGGGUAAGUGAUUUUUAAUUCCUCUUGUCCCUCUAUGAACAUGCUGCACCUCUGUAAAUUGCCCAUUUUGAACUUUGAAAUGUAUAUCUGGUGUCUUCUGCAGAA